GGCCAAAAUUGACUCUCUGGCUUCCAAUAUGAUAACCACACUAGGCGUUCACAGCAACAUGCUCGGAAAGACAGCUUUGAUUGUAGUCGAUGUUCAAAAUGACUUUAUGGAAACGGGAUCGCUUCCGGUUCCUUCGGCGUCCGAGAUCUUGCCUGUAGUCAAUCAGCUUAUAAAUGGCAUCAAAGACCGCGGAGGGCUUGUGGUCGCCACUAAGGACUGGCAUCCACCAAAUCAUAUCAGCUUCGCGUCCAACACACCAAAUGGUAAAGUCUUCGAGACGAAGACGAUGGAGUAUGAAGGGGAAACGUUUGCGCAGCAACUUUGGCCAGAUCACUGUGUGCAAAACAGCAAAGGAGCGGAAUUCACAGACGGGCUGGAGACGACCAAGUUUGACAUCACUGUUCUAAAGGGCUCCAACCAAAACGUCGACUCUUACAGUGGAUUCGCCGACAACAAGUACUUUGAAAUUACGGAGCUAGCAAAGCAUUUAUUUACAAGGCAAAUUGAAACUGUUAUCGUAGUUGGCUUAGCAGCGGAUUAUUGCGUCAAAGAAACUGCAUUGGAUGCCCGUAAAUUUGGGUUCCGGACCAUCUUAGUAAAAGAAGGAACCAGAGGUGUUGUUCCAGACAAUUUCGACAGCUGUAUGGAUGAUUUACGUUCAAAGGGUGUUCAAGUUACUAGCAUCCAAGACCAAGAAUUCACCACCGAAUUCCUAUUUUAAUACCCCUUGACUACGUCAGUCCUCGUCCGCUAGUUCGUCUACUUCACCAUCAGAAUGUUCUAUUCCAUUAUCUUCGUAUUCUUCUUCCUCUUCUUCCUCGUCGUCUCCGAAUACAUCUUCAUAUUCUUCAAUUCCGUCCAAUUCCAAGUCGUCUUCAAAGUCUAU